UCGCUUCCUUUUCCUCUCCUUCCCCCUGAGGCCUCAAAGCCCUUGUGCCUGGGCUGUGGACAAGAAACACCUCUGCCUCAGAAGCCGCCUGGAGCUGGGUGAAGGCUUCCAUUCAGCUCGCUGUCAUCACCCGUCAUGCUGUCACUCAGAGGAGAGAUCAUGCAGAAAUUACUGAAGUAAAAUGCUAAUGUGUUGAGUUAAUGAUCACAGGUUUACAUUUUAUAAAAGACAUCUCAAUAAUCAAACUCUUGUUGAGCUACCUUGCGUUUUAUCUUGAAUUCUCUGGAGUUCGGUAAUUUACAUACAUGUUUCAGAGUACACACUUUGUUUCAGCUGUCUUAGCUGUCAACAAACACUCUAAAUUAUGAAUUACGAGUUUUAUAUCUAAAGCUAAACAUUUUGUACUGUAAAAUCCAGUGCUACUUACUAUGCCUAUAGUAACACUAUGAGAGUAAAAUCUGAUCUAAAUGAUGGAUGUUUGUUUUUCUUUUAUGCAGUACACAUUUUGGAACUUUAUACCCAAGAAUUUAUUUGAACAAUUCAGAAGAGUAGCCAACUUUUAUUUCCUUAUCAUAUUUCUGGUGCAGUUGAUUAUUGAUACACCCACAAGUCCAGUGACAAGUGGACUUCCACUCUUCUUCGUCAUUACUGUCACGGCUAUCAAACAGGGUUAUGAAGACUGGCUUCGACAUAAAGCAGACAAUGCCAUGAACCAGUGUCCUGUUCAUUUCAUUCAGCACGGCAAGCUCGUUCGGAAACAAAGUCGAAAGCUGCGAGUUGGGGACAUUGUCAUGGUCAAGGAGGAUGAGACCUUUCCCUGUGACUUGAUCUUCCUUUCCAGCAACCGGGGAGACGGGACGUGCCACGUCACCACCGCCAGCUUGGACGGAGAAUCCAGCCAUAAAACGCAUUACGCAGUCCAGGACACCAAGGGCUUCCAUACGGAGGAGGAUAUCGGCGGACUUCACGCCACCAUCGAGUGUGAGCAGCCCCAGCCCGACCUCUACAAGUUUGUGGGCCGCAUCAACGUUUACAGUGACCUGAACGACCCCGUGGUGAGGCCCUUAGGAUCGGAAAACCUGCUACUGAGAGGAGCUACACUGAAGAACACCGAGAAAAUCUUUGGUGUGGCUAUUUACACGGGCAUGGAAACCAAGAUGGCAUUAAAUUACCAAUCGAAAUCCCAGAAGCGGUCUGCCGUGGAAAAAUCGAUGAAUGCGUUCCUCAUCGUGUACCUCUGCAUUCUGAUCAGCAAAGCCCUGAUAAACACUGUGCUGAAAUACGUGUGGCAGAGCGAACCCUUUCGGGAUGAGCCAUGGUAUAAUCAGAAAACGGAGUCGGAAAGACAGAGGAAUCUGUUCCUCAGGGCAUUCACGGACUUCCUGGCCUUCAUGGUCCUCUUUAACUACAUCAUCCCCGUGUCCAUGUACGUCACGGUCGAGAUGCAGAAGUUCCUCGGCUCUUACUUCAUCACCUGGGAUGAGGACAUGUUUGACGAGGAGACUGGCGAGGGGCCUCUGGUGAACACGUCGGACCUCAACGAAGAGCUGGGACAGGUGGAGUACAUCUUCACGGACAAGACCGGCACCCUCACGGAGAACAACAUGGAGUUCAAGGAGUGCUGCAUCGAAGGCCACGUCUACGUGCCCCACGUCAUCUGCAACGGGCAGGUCCUCCCAGAGUCCUCAGGAAUCGACAUGAUUGACUCGUCCCCCAGCGUCAACGGGAGGGAGCGCGAGGAGCUGUUUUUCCGGGCCCUCUGUCUCUGCCACACUGUCCAGGUGAAAGAUGAUGACAGCGUGGACGGCCCCAGGAAGUCUCCAGACGGGGGGAAAUCCUGUGUGUACAUCUCAUCCUCGCCCGACGAGGUGGCGCUGGUCGAAGGUGUCCAGAGACUUGGCUUUACCUACCUGAGGCUGAAGGACAAUUACAUGGAGGUAUUAAACAGGGAGAACCACGUCGAAAGGUUUGAAUUGCUGGAAAUUUUAAGUUUUGACUCAGUUAGAAGGAGAAUGAGUGUAAUUGUAAAAUCCGCUACAGGAGAAAUUUAUCUGUUUUGCAAAGGAGCAGAUUCUUCGAUAUUCCCCCGAGUGAUAGAAGGCAAAGUUGACCAGAUCCGAGCCAGAGUGGAGCGGAAUGCAGUGGAGGGGCUCCGAACUUUGUGUGUUGCUUACAAGAGGCUGAUCCAAGAAGAAUAUGAAGGCAUUUGUAAACUGCUGCAGGCUGCCAAAGUGGCCCUUCAAGAUCGAGAGAAAAAGUUAGCAGAAGCCUAUGAGCAAAUAGAGAAAGAUCUGAUUCUGCUUGGUGCCACGGCUGUUGAGGACCGGCUCCAGGAGAAAGCUGCAGACACCAUCGAGGCCCUGCAAAAGGCCGGGAUCAAGGUCUGGGUUCUCACGGGAGACAAGAUGGAGACGGCCGCAGCCACGUGCUAUGCCUGCAAGCUCUUCCGCAGGAACACACAGCUGCUGGAGCUGACCACCAAGAGGAUCGAGGAGCAGAGCCUGCACGACGUCCUGUUCGAGCUGAGCAAGACGGUGCUGCGCCACAACGGGAGCCUGACCAGAGACAACCUCUCAGGACUCUCAGCAGAUAUGCAGGACUACGGCUUGAUUAUCGACGGAGCUGCGCUGUCUCUCAUAAUGAAGCCUCGCGAAGACGGGAGUUCCAGCAACUACAGGGAGCUCUUCCUGGAAAUCUGCCGGAGCUGCAGCGCGGUGCUCUGCUGCCGCAUGGCACCCUUGCAGAAGGCCCAGAUUGUUAAAUUAAUCAAAUUUUCAAAAGAGCACCCAAUCACGUUAGCAGUUGGCGACGGCGCAAACGAUGUCAGCAUGAUUCUGGAAGCGCAUGUGGGCAUAGGUGUCAUCGGCAAGGAAGGCCGCCAGGCUGCCAGAAACAGCGACUAUGCAAUCCCAAAGUUUAAGCAUUUGAAGAAGAUGCUGCUUGUUCACGGGCAUUUUUAUUACAUUAGGAUAUCUGAGCUCGUGCAGUACUUCUUUUAUAAGAAUGUCUGCUUCAUCUUCCCUCAGUUUUUAUACCAGUUCUUCUGUGGGUUUUCACAACAGACUUUGUACGACACCGCGUAUCUGACCCUCUACAACAUCAGCUUCACCUCCCUCCCCAUCCUCCUGUACAGCCUCAUGGAGCAGCAUAUUGGCAUCGACGUGCUUAAGAGAGACCCGACCCUGUACAGGGACGUCGCCAAGAACGCGCUGCUGCGCUGGCGUGUGUUCAUCUACUGGACGCUCCUGGGACUGUUUGACGCGCUGGUGUUCUUCUUUGGUGCUUACUUCAUGUUUGAAAAUACAACUGUGACGAGCAACGGGCAGAUAUUUGGAAACUGGACAUUUGGGACACUGGUAUUCACUGUGAUGGUGUUCACAGUCACACUAAAGCUUGCGUUAGACACACACUACUGGACUUGGAUCAACCAUUUUGUCAUCUGGGGGUCGCUGCUGUUCUACGUCGUCUUUUCGCUCCUCUGGGGAGGAGUGAUCUGGCCAUUCCUCAACUACCAGAGGAUGUACUACGUGUUCAUCCAGAUGCUGUCCAGCGGGCCCGCCUGGCUGGCCAUCGUGCUGCUGGUGACCAUCAGCCUCCUGCCCGACGUCCUCAAGAAAGUCCUGUGCCGGCAGCUGUGGCCAACAGCAACGGAGAGAGUCCAGAAUGGGUGCGCACAGCCUCGGGACCGCGACUCAGAAUUCACCCCUCUUGCCUCUCUGCAGAGCCCAGGCUACCAGAGCACCUGUCCCUCGGCCGCCUGGUAUAGCUCCUGCUCUCAGCAGGUGACGCUCGCGGCCUGGAAGGGGAAGGUGUCCGUGGAGCCCCCACCCACGCUCAGCGGUUCCCGUCACCACUGCAGUUCCAGUCCGAGUCACAGCUGCCCUGGGACCCGUGUGCAGAUGCUUGUGUGAUGGAUGGUCCUAAGCCUGUGGAGACCGCACACGCCUCUUCCUGGCCCCCAGGAGGCAAGGAGGGGGAUCACAGGCCUUGCCCUCGAGUGUGGCACGCUGGCCGCCUGGACCCAGCGCUGCAGUUGUUGAGCCACACCGGUCCCCCCGGGCAUUCGGCUCGACUCAGAAGGGACAUCCUGCUGGCACACCCUGUGCGCUGUCACGCAGAGGCCAUUCCCCCAGGCCCGUGUCUUCACCCACCUACCGUCAUCGGCCUUUGCUGUCGCUGGGAGAGAAGAGCCAUCCAGGCCCCCGGGGCGGCCAUGUGUGGACACCUGCUGCUGUUCCUGCUCGCCCGGCCGCCACUCGUGCCCUCCAUAGGGUGAGGUGGAGCUGUGGCGGCACGUCCUUUCCUCAGCAACCCUCCAAUCCUCAUGCUGUGGGAAGGGCCGGGUCACUCGGAUGCCGUCAUCCUUGCGGACGCACAGCCAUGCCCUGUUCAUCUGGGAGCGGCUUCCCUGUGGUUAAGUCCAAGCCUGCC